CCGCCCCGAUAAGUUUAUUUUCCGGGUCAGAAUAAUGGCGUGUUGCUGACCAACAUCUCCAAAUAAUAGGAACCACAAACUGAAUCCAUUAUGGCGUCUCUAGAGGAGGACUUUCCCCGCGGAGGCACAACAAAGAAGACCACAGAGAGUAAGGUCCCGGUGGAGCGAAAUAAAGUGGACAACCUGUUUAAGUCAGAUGAACAAACUGCUACAAAGAAAAGAAAAGGAGGUGCCAAGAAUGAUGGCCUGAAAAAGCAAAAGACAGAUGAGAAACAAGAUGGCCUGACACUAAACACUGCUGGCAAAAUUGUGGAGAUUCUGCACAUAAAGAACGUGAGAGUGGGGAUGCUGUUUCUAGGCUGUGUGAAGGAGGUGACUGACUUUGAGGUGACGGUCAGCCUCCCUUGCGGCCUGCUGGGCUUCCUCAGCAUCAGGAAUGUGUGCGACUCCUACACCAAGCUGCUGAGCGAGCAGCUGGAUUCAGAUGUGGAUACUGAGGAUUUCUGCUCUUUGUCCCAAAUCUUCUGGCCGGGAAUGUUGCUCCGAUGUGUGGUUUCCAAGUUAGACAUCACUAAAGGAGGCUCGCUCAGCAUUCAGCUCUCGGUCAAUCCAAAGCUGGUCAACAAACACCUCACCAGCAGCUCUCUGAAGCCUGGAAUGGUCCUGAGUGGAUGUGUGGAGAGCGUUGAAGACCAUGGCACCCUAAUCGACAUCGGUGUCAGUGGAACCAAAGCUUUUCUGCCUGAGGAUGCUACAAUGAACAAACAGAAUAAAGAGCUGAAAGUGGGUCAGUAUUUGACUUCUCGGGUAGAGGAAGUAAAGAACGACGGUCGUGUCGUCAAGCUGUCCUCUGAUCCGUCCACGGUAGCUCGGGCCUGUGCUGACGCAAAGCAUGGCUGGAAUCUCACCAACCUCCUGCCGGGCCUCACGGUCAAAGCCACCAUCAAGAAGGUGACCAAACAUGGCUUCCACCUGGACUUCCUGUCCUCCUUUAGCGGUCAGGUGGACUUUCUUCACAUGGAGCCAAAGGAGUCGUCAAGCUAUGCAGAGGGGCUUCAGGUGCGAGCAUGUGUACUGUACAUUGAGCUGACCACCCGCCUUGUUGGACUGAGCCUGCGCAGCUACCUGCUACAGCCCGGCUCCGACAUUGACCUCGCACCUCCUGGCUCUCACCGAAUCGGUGAAGUGGUGAAAGACUGCAAGGUUUCCAAGAUGCACCAUCUGUCAGGGGCCUUGUUGGAGCUGCCGGACAAAACCUCUGCCUUUGUCCAUAGGAACCACCUGAAGGAAUCCAAAGACCCAGCUAAUGACAACAAGAUGUCUACCAUGUCGGACCUUACCUGCAGGAUCCUGGACUUCAGCCCCAUGGAUCAGAUUUAUUUUGCUAGUUUACGGAAAAGUGUGAUUGAUCAACAGUUCUACAAAUACCAGGAUAUUCACACUGGCCAAGUUGUAGAGGGGACUGUGUCAGUGCUGCUGGGUCAUGGGAUGGUGGUACAUUUGUCAGAACAUGUGAAAGGCCUGGUGCCUCGGACGCACCUCUCAGACAUCAUCCUGAAAAACCCAGAAAAAAAGUACAUGGAGGGAAUGAGGGUGAAAUGUCGGGUCAUGUCUAUUGUUAUGGACAACAGAAAUGUUACAUUAAUCAGGUUCUGUAAGCUUUUGUUGGUGACUUAACCCUGACUUGUUUCUGUGUGGGUGGAGCGACCUCAGAUUUCGCAUCAUGUCAUUUGAGUCUCUACUUUUAAGCUGCUCAGUCUGUUUUGAAUCCACAUUCUCUCAACCUGGAGUGUUGGAAUAUUUUCCUAUCUGGUUUACCUGCAGGUGUUGAAGACCAAAGUUCUUCAGUGUGAGCCCGAGAAGGAGAAGUUGUUGCUGUCAUUUAAAGCGGUGGCAGAAGGAGAGACGGAGGAGCCUACCAAAGCUCAGUUGGACUGUGAGGUGGGAAAGAGGCUGGAAGCAAAGGUGGUGAAGAAAACCGUGAACGGUCUGGAGAUCGUCGUCCUCCCAGAUGAGUUCCGCGCUGUGCUACCCACAGUGCACCUCUCUGAUCACACGUCCAACUGUGUGUUACUGUGGGAGAGUCUAAAGGAAGGAGACACCAUCUCAAACCUCGUCUGCUUUAACAAGAACAAGCAGAAUAUUACGGUUACCAAGAAACCCAUAGUGAGAUGGUCGCUGGAGGAAGGAGCCGUCGCUAAAGAUUUCUCUGAGGUGACUGUUGGGAUGCAGCUGAUUGGCUGGAUCAAGAGCAUCAUGUCGUACGGUGUCUUCGUAGAGUUCCCCUAUGGUCUUGUUGGUCUUGCACCCAAGUCUGCCCUGUCGGAUAAGUUCAUCACCGACACAACGACCGCUUUCAAGCUAGGUCAGACGGUUAUUGCCAAGGUGACCAACCUGGAUGAGGAGAAGCGGCGGUUCCUGGUGACGCUGAAGGUAUCAGAAGUCAUCACACCUGACUGGGACGCCCAGAGCCGACUGCUGAACGGCCUAAAGGAGAGAAGAGCUGUAAAGGAAAUGCUGGCUGUCAGAGAUAACAACGAACUUUGGCAGCAGUUGGCCGCUUUGUUCGUUGGGCAGAGGCUGAAACUGACGGUGGACUCUUCGAGUGAAAACGGAGCCCAGUUUAAAUCUGAUGACCUGCCGGGCGCCACCAUCCUAGCCAGCAAACACCAUGUGACGGGAGUUAGCCUGAGCCCUGGACAGAAAGUGAGCGCAGUUAUCCUCAGCGUCGAUAUCCUGUCUGCUUGUGUCCAUGUUUCCGUCCUUCACAAGCUGCUUGGGAAAAAGAAAUCUCUGAAUGAAGGCUCAGAGUGCUCCGCCGUGGUUCAGUUUGUAGACCAGGACUUUGCUGUUGUCUCGCUGAAGGACGCAGCAGAGCUGACCCUGAUCCAAACCUGCAACCACCUCAACGAGGUCAUUCUGUCAGAGUCAGAGAGACUCAAGGUGGGCAUGACGUUGACGGUGCAAGUUGUGGAGCCCAGCUGCGAGGAGCUAGAAGGGCUCCCCCUGGUGCUGUGGAAGGGUAGGGCACCAAGGCGGCAGCGCACAACAUCGGAAAACCAGGCGGACUCUGCGGGACACCGAUUUGGAAAAGUCCUGCAGGGCAAGGUGACGUCUGUGAAGCCCACGUGCAUUCAGGUCGCUCUGGAGGACGGAAGCACGGGCAGCGUCCACGUCUCACAGGUGGUGGAGCCCACUGAGAUCAGACAGGGGUCCUUCCCCACGUCCACCGUGAAAGUGGGCAGCGUGGUCAAAGCCAGGGUCAUUGGAGGACGGGAAGCCACCAAUAACCGAUUUCUUCCAUUUUCUCACCCUAAAUUCAAGUACACAGUUCCUGAGCUCACACUUAUACCCAGCCAGUUGGAUGAUGUAGAAUUUAAACCAGUUACAGCAAAGGACAAACUGGCCAGUUAUAAGGUCGGCGAUGAAAUCACAGCGUUUGUAUCAAAGUUCAGAUCAGACAAGAAGUGUCUGGAGAUCACCACCGACCCCUGCGUCACAGGGACCGUCGACCUUCUGUCCAUGAUCACAGAUCCUAAAGAUGCCAGCCACCCUGAAAAGCUGUACAAGCUGGGCCAGGUGGUCUGUGCUAAAGUGGUGGACGUGAGCGUGCGGCCUCAUCGCUUUGUGCUCUCACUCACAGGGAUCCAUAAACUGGAGAAAGGCAGCAUCACGUUAGGAAUGGUGACCAGCGUCCUGCCACAAGUCGGCCUCCUGGUCAAGCUUCCUUUCGGUGCUUCGGGUACCGUUUCUGUCACUGACCUCAGUGAUUCCUACAGACCAAAACCACUGGAGACUUUCCACAAGGAUCAGUUCAUCAGGUGUUGUCUUCUAGAUGUGGAGAAAGGAAAGUGGCACUUGUCUCUCCGUCCAUCAAGGCUGAACCCGCAGAAGACCAAGUCGCCUAAGGACCCAGAAGUUCUGUCUGUGGACCAGCUGCAGCACGGCCAGAUUGUCCGAGGAUAUGUGAAGUCUGUGUGUGAACAGGGCGUCUUUAUAAGGCUGUCACGCAGCAUCACAGGGAGAGCCCAGCUUCAGCAGUCCUCUCAAUACUUUGUCCACAACCACAGUAUCCUGUCUGAUCACCUGCCGGUCAACACCCUCCUCACCACUAAAAUCCUCAGUGUCGACAGGGAGGAUCAGUUGGUUGACCUCUCGCUUCUCCCUGCGGACACCGGGAAGCCAGAUGUGCUUCCAGAAUCUCUCGGCCUGCCGCUGCGUCUCGUUGGGGACGAAAAGAAACGCAACUCAAAAAAGACAAAGAAGCGGCUGCUCUCUGAAAGCAAACAGGAAACGGAACCCCAGAUCCCGAAGAAGAAGAAAAAGAAAUCAAAGACCGACGCCGAUGACAGUGGAGUUGAGGUUUACUUCAGAGAAGAGGAGGAUGAUGAUGAUAAAGAGGAUGUAAAGAACGAUGCUUCUAAAGUUGCUCCCAGCCCAGCAGCGCCAGCCAGGUUGCAGCUGGCAGCAGGGUUCUCUUGGGAUGAGGGGCUGAGCUCCCUAAGGCCUGCGUCACAACCAAAGGACGGGGACUCCAGUGACGGAGAAGAGCAGGAUGGAAACAAUAAGCCCCAGAAGAAGUCACGCCACGAGCUGGAACAGGAGAAGAAGUCUGCUGAGAAAGCCCUGUUACAACGAGAAGCAGAGCUGAUGGACCCAAACCUGCGGCCCCAGGAUGAGGCCUCCUUUGAGCGACUUCUUUUAGCCUCCCCCAACAGCUCCCUGCUGUGGCUCCAGUACAUGGCCCACCAUCUGCAGGCCACACAGAUCGAGCAGGCCCGAGCUGUGGCCGAGAGGGCCCUGAAAACCAUCUCCUUCAGGGAGGAGCAGGAGAAGCUGAACGUGUGGGUGGCCUUGCUGAACCUGGAGAACAUGUACGGGACAGAGGAGAGUCUGAAGAAAGUGUUUGAGCGAGCUGUGCAGUUCUGUGAGCCCAUGCCUGUGUACCAGCAGCUGGCCGAUAUCUACGCCCAGUCCAACAAAAUCCAGGAGGCAGAAGGCCUGUACAAGACGAUGGUGAAACGUUUCCGGCAGAAUAAAGCGGUGUGGUUAAGCUACGGGACUUUCCUGCUCCAGCAGGGCCAGAACGACGCUGCCAGUGCUCUCCUGCAGAGGGCGCUGAAAAGUCUUCCUCCCAAAGAAAGUGUUGAUAUCAUCACCAAGUUCGCACAGCUGGAGUUCCGCUUCGGUGACGCAGAGAAAGGUCGUGUUAUGUUUGACAAAGUCCUGACGACUUAUCCAAAACGUACGGAUCUGUGGUCCGUUUUCAUCGACCUCAUGGUCAAAUAUGCAUCACAGAAGGAAGUGAGGGCCCUCUUUGAUCGGGUGAUCCACCUCAGCGUUUCGGUGAAAAAGAUCAAGUUUUUCUUCAAGCGCUACCUGGAGUAUGAGAAGAAGCACGGCACCCCACAGAGCAUCCAGGCAGUCAAAGAUAAGGCUAUGGAGUUCGUUGAAGCAAAAGGCAAAGAUGCUUCAAAUUGAAGAAACCAGGGAUCACCUCGUGUAGAACUGCUCCUAGAACCAACAUUAUUUUAGCUUUUGCUCCCUUCCCUUGGCGAUAUAUUGGACUGUCGAUGCCCGAAGGUUUGAUUCAGGUUCUGAGGCCCAACAGAUCUUUAUCAUACAUUUGAUGGACCUGCUUUUUAAACCAAAUUUUGUAAAAUAAACUAGAUAAUCAA